AUGGAAGUUCUGGAGUCCCACGAAGAAUUGAUAGAAUCAAAAUCAGAGGACAUCUCAAUGUUUUGGAAAGUUCUGCAAAUUUUUUUUUAUUUCGUGAGCAUAAUAUCCGGUUACGGAUCCGCAAUUUUAUUUCAUCUUUUGUGGGACGAAAUCUUCGCGGGACAUUGUCCCAUAUGGGCUCAUGUUUAUAAACAAGUUCAACCUCGGAUACGCUCCGAAGUGGUUCCCGUCGAGGAAGUAAUCGCUCCUGCCUUAUUGACAGAUUGGAGACAUAAAAUAACCAUAACUUUCCCAUUUACGGAUCAUUGCAGUUUCUACCACUUCGUUAGUCUUUCUUCGUGUAUUUUUGGUAUUGUCUGGAUGACGUUAUUCACUAUGUGUGGAAAGGGUGGCUACGACACGGGACUAUUUGUUCAGCCAUGGACCAUUGUACCUCCGGCUUUGAUUUUCCAAAUCAUUUUUUCAAUGCUCGUUCUAAUUGUUGUUCACGAUUUGGACCAUGGAUAUUCGACGAUGAUGAAUGCUCUUCAAGCAAUCGCUUCUACCACGAAUGAAACAUUGUCGCCGAGUCUUGGAAAACCUUGUGAUUUCCUACAGAGCUACUUGGAAACGUUUGGACCGCAGAGACACUACGUUUGCAAGAUAUAUUCUAUUUUACAAAUUCUCUCAUGGCUGAUGGCUUGGAGUUGGUUACUCGGUUUAGCAGCUUUGAUUAUUCGUGUCAGCAGCUCUCGCGAUUUCACAUUAUUCACCGUCAAAUUAUACAAAAAUCCCAAAGAAGAAACCAAUGAUCUUCGUACGAGUAUUAAGAGUCCUGAAAAUACAUGAAAACAUUAUCAGCGUCGGUGGAGAUGGGAUCAUGGGCUACUAAUUUUUUCACUCUCAACUUGAACAAUUCAAGAAUUCGUGUAUCAUCGCACAUUUUUCGCAACAGUCCCGGAUUAUCAAUGAUACGUCCAACGUCGCGUAACGCCGAUGCCGUUAUUGCUUUUCUCAAGGAAUCUCUCUUUAUUUUUCCAACAACGAGCGAGGCUCGCGCCUUUUUUUUCAUUUCCGUAAUUUCGUUCAAGGUUGAUGUCCCAUUGAGUACGUAGUAAAUCAGAACAUCCGAAGCUUCUUUUAUAUGGCUCACACUCUAUUGACAAAUUGCCAAAUUUUCCAAAAAAUAACGUAUAUUUGCAUCCACCGGGUAAAUUAGAGAAUAAAUUUGUUCAGUUGGACAAAUAUAAGUUCAUUGACAAUCAAAUUUGUUUCAAAGACUUCAUUUUACGAAAAAAAAACCAAGAAUAUGUUACUGUUUCAAUUUAUUUAUUAAUAGUUUAAUUUUCUUUAAUAUGCUGUGUGUGUUCGAAUGGAAAACUUACUGCAAUAUCUUGCGAACAUUUCUCUUUGAGUUUAUCAAGUUCUUCGUCUCGCUCAUCCAAUUUAUCCAACAACGAGUCAUGCACUAUCAGCAACUGCUCGUAAUCCAUAAGAGUUCGACCAUCACCGAUUUCAUUCAAGCUUCGUAUAAUUGAGUUGACAGAGGCCAAUCUAUGAUUAAACUCCAAAUAAGCAACUCUGACUUUUGACAAUUCGUCGAAUUUUACCCGUUGUUUUUUCGUCAAACUGUGAAACUUUCGUUGCAGCUUUCCAUGUUUAUCUUCGAUUAAGUUUAUAACUAUUUCCCAUUCUCUGUGAACGAAUUCUUUGAAAGUUUCAUCAAACAUACGACUCAAUAUUUCGUAGGAAUUAGUUAAUUUUCUAAUUUCGUUUUCGAGGAUGGGUUUUUUGGUCUCGUAAUGCUCCUGAAUCUCCAUAAAAUCGUCCAGAAUUUUUUGAUAUCUAAACGAUGAUGGGAUACAAAACGCUAUUUAUUGAAAUACCAUUGGAAAUAAUUUUAAAACCAGUUCUUAUAUAUUGACUGAUAUGUUGAAUUUUUUGUUUUUAUUUGAUAUAAUAGGUUUCAUCGUAUAGGUGAAAGUUUUUUCAUGUAAGUUAGCGAAUAAUUAUGAAGAAACGUGCGAAAUAUUCACGAGCUAUUGAUAUGUACUUAUAUAUGUGGAACAAGAUUAUCAUAUGAGAGCUAGUUGAGAAAAGAAGAACUGAACAACCUCUCAUCAAGGUAUAUUGGUACAGCACCUU